UUAGAGUUGCUGUCCAACAUCUGGAAGAUUAUUUUCCCCAACCUUCAUGCACUCUCUAGAUUCUUAUUAUCACCCCAGGGAGAAGGCUGAAGAUGAAGCAAAGGUGGCAAGAAACCAUUAUGGAAAGGGGCAGAAGAAAUAAACUGAGUUACAGAAAUGCCAAAAGUCUGUCAAAGGGAAUCUCUAUUGAAUGUUUGUGGGUUACUACAGUGUAGGCAAUGGUUGCAGAAUUAUCAAAAUAGGGUUCAUUUUGAGUUAACGCCAGGCAUGGCCAAACUUCGGCCCUUCAGAUGUUUUGAACUUCAACUCCCAGAAAUCCCAGCCAGCUUACAAACCAGUUAGGAAUUGUGGGAGUUGAAGUCCAAAACACCUGGAGGGAUGAAGUUUGACCAUGCUUGGGUUAACCUAUCAUUGGCAACUAUUGUGGCUCCUUUUUUUAAAGUUUAGGAUUAUUUUUUUUUAAAUGGGUUGCAAAAUUAGAUGGCCAAAUUCAGCUAAGUGGCGUUCAUUAUUUACUGUCUUUAUAUUUACUGUUUUGAUUCUGGUGUUUAAUACAAAGGAGGAAACCAUGAAAAUGAACAAAAUCUGGUUACCAGUAUUAAAAAAACCACCAAAAUCAAAACAGUAAAUCAUGAUCACUAUUCAAAAACUCCAGGCAAUAAGCAAUCAAGGGCCAGUUAACACCUCCCAAACAGAGGAUGCCUCCAAGCAACAGAGAAUAGGCUAUCUCUAUGCAGAUGAUCUCACUGAUUGACUUUGCAGCUUCAUGGUUACUCAUUCUAUUCAAGCUUGCUAACUGCAACAUUCACAUUUGCUUUAAACAGACAAGGGUUAUUCCUCCCACCCUGGACAUCCCACAGGUAUAUACACUCUCCACUUGCCUCACUGCCAACAGAACCUCUGAAAAUGCCAGCCACAGAUGCAAGCGAAACAGCAGUUUCCAGAUGUCAGAUCUUGUAGGAGAACAAAAGCGGAUCUCUACCAAUCACUUCAAAGUUGUACCUAUAAAAGCCAAUAUGAAUCCUAGAAACAAGAAGAAGCGUUCUAAUAAAAAAAAGCAUUCAGUUAAAAAAAGGACCAGUGAUGGAAAUAUUGUUCCUUUUCUGAAGUGCUGUAAUGAAGGAUCUGAGCCCAGUUCAAGUGUCAAAAGAAUGAAAAGAGGACAUCCUUUGACAGAAAUUGGGAAUCAUCCUGAAAGACAGGCUCCAACAAACACUGAGAAGACAAUAGAUGAAGAGCGAGAAUUCACAGUGAAUUUGGGUGAUAGUGGAAAGGAGCAUGUGGUGAAAGGCACAAUCCACGAUAGCCUGCUCAGUGCCCUCAAGGCUUCUAAAGAUGUUAAUGCACAUAUGGACAAAAAGAAGGGCAAGAAGAUGUACUUGUUAGGGAAGAAAGGGAUUGAGGGUUGCAUUAAUUUGGGGAUGCCUCUGAAAUAUGUGCCUAGUGGCUCCCAAUUUGAAAUGAAAUUUUACAUAAGUAAGCAAACUAAGAGCUCUGAUGAAUUAGAAUACAGGCAGGAUGAAAUUAAGAGCAAGGAAUGUGUCUUAUUCUUUGUUGCUCCAAAUGCAAAUAAAUUUAGAACCAAUGAGCCACUAAGUGAUAAGAUAAUUAGAUGCAAUCAGCUUCUGAAAGAACAUAGCAAUCUAUGUGUCUUUGCCCCAAAAGAAGAAACCAUAAAGGAUGCCCUAUGUAAAGAUGGCCGCUUUACGUCUCUUCUAAAAGAAAGAGAUUGGGUGCUAAUGGAGAAUAAAAAGUCCAUACCAAACAACCUCACAGUUGAUUCAUUAUCUAACAGGACCUUUACCGUCCAUGUGAAGACUGAGAAACGGGCCAGUUCUACUAAAGGUCCAAAUAAUGAACAUGUCCUUCCUGUUUCUCAAGCGGCACAACUCAAAGCUUUGUAUAGUUUUAAAUCUAAUAUCCUAAACGCAUAUCCUGAUCUGGAAAACCAGAGCGAAAUAAUCAAUACCUUCUUUCAAAAUGUCAGGAAGCAACCUAAACAUAAGAAUGAUAUUUUUCGCGUGUACAAAGAAGCCUUUUGCAAGAAGAAAAAUAAUUCAAUUCCAAUUAAACUGGAAAAUCUCCAUGUUAAUCUCAGUAAUUCAGUUGGGUAUAUAAUGUGGGACAAAUUUUUAAAGAAGGGGACUGCUACUUGUUUUGUCUUAUGUGACAAGUACAUACUCACCUGCCACCAUGUGGUAAAGUUCAUAGUUGGAGAAGGUGUGGAAGAAAAAGACUGGGCGCGCAAAAUAAGUCAGUCAGCCUGUGUGACUUUCUCUUAUGUAGAUUCACACCCAAAUUCUGAUCCUGGUAACUGGUUUGAGCUUGAAGAAUGGUUUGAAAUAUCAGAUAUGGAUCUUGAUUUUGCUGUCCUGAAACUGAAAGAAAAUGUAAACAAAAGUUCACCUCCUGACGGCUUGGUGCAGUUCACCUUCGAUCUACCAUGCAACGGUCUUAUUGAUAUCAUUGGUCAUCCAGAUGGAGAAACAAAGCAGACAGAUGGCUGUUCUGUUAUCAAUGUGUAUGAACGCCCACAAGAGUUGUUUCAUCGCGUACUGCAGGAACAAGAGACACAAUGCAACCCCAUUGAAUGUGGAAUUGAUGCCUACGGUACAAAAUGCAUCCAUUUAUACAAUCCUAGAGAUUUCCCAGAAAUCAUUGAUAAUCAUAAUACAGUCACCUAUGACACCUCUUUCUUCCAUGGCUCUUCAGGUUCACCUGUGUUUGACAGAAAUGGCCGCUUACUUGCAAUGCAUGCUGCAGGAUAUCUUUAUAGAGGAAAGCGUAAACAGAAGAGCAUAAUUGAAUUUGGUUAUUCAAUGAUGUCAAUCCUCGCAGCAAUUGAAAAGAAGCAUAAGUCUUGGUAUGACUCUGAAAUUGGUCCUUUUCUACAGGCAGGUUGUGAUGGUGACAAGAAUGCUGUUGGUGCGUACCCUACAGAUGUAGAAAUGCAACCAGUUGAUUAGCUCAAUCCCAUUUAGCCAAACAAUGGGAUUUUUUACUUUUUAAAAAUAAUUCAAACUAUUACACAAAAUAAAAUUACAUUAUAAGAUUUUCUUUUUUAAAAAAUAGUUUUUAUUGAAUUUAAAAUUUUUCAUACAAUAAUUACUUUUAUCACAUAGCAGAUAUAUAAUGUAUCAUACAAUGCUUGCAUAAUUAUUUUAUAUCUAUUGUUGAUUUAUAUCUACUACAAUAUUAACAUUUGUCCAUCUAUAUUUCUUCACCACUGUGUAUCCCCCCAUUAUAAGAUUUUCUGAUACAAAUUGUGAUAUUCUAAGGAAUGAACACAAAAUCAUUUGUCAUAAUUUUCAAUAAAAGCAGAUCUAAAUAUAAA